CCCGCACUGUCUUGUCUGUCUGCGCAUCCACACAUACACACACACACACAAACGCGCCAACGGGCCACAUUCGGCCCACUGCUGCACUCACUCGCUGACUCGCUGCCUGCAGUCACCCUCCCCCUGGGGCCGGUGGCUUCAAAAUCGGCACCAACAGCUUGUCAGGCUUGUCGUCAAGCGGCUUGUCGUCAAGCGUGUCGCCGCCCCUCUCUCUCUCCAUCCUGGCAAUCGGUGCCGGGUCAGUCGCCUGCCAAAUUGUCGCCUGCCUCUGUGCCACCUCCCUCGCCCUCUGAUAGCCCCCCUCCUCUCGACAUGAGAUCUCGCUCUCGACCUGCCCUCGCGAGAUGAGCAGAAAGGUGUCUCGGGUGGGGUCGUAGACAGUCAGCUUCCUGGCCUUCCGGCGGGGGCUGUGCUUGGCCGCCAGCUGCUCGUCGCCCGGGGCUGCCGGGCCGUCACCUAGCAUGGGCCAUGGGUGUGGGUGCAGGUGUGGGCUGGUGUGUGGGUUGACGCCGCUGCCUGCAGGAGGCGGCAGCGGCGCCACAUACAACUUGCCGUUGGGGGCCCGCUCCUUGGAGGCGCGCUUCUUGGAGCCACGACCGGCAUCGUCGGCCCGCCUCCGCUUCUUCUUGCCCUUCAUGAGGUUGAGGGUCGUUUUGAGGUUGUCAGCCGUCGGAAGGGCCGAGAGGAUGCGCCCGAGCGGGUCAUUAUCAUCCUCUGCCGCUGUGGCUGGUGGGGGCGCCAUCAGCGAGGACGCGUCCCCCCUCCUGCUGCGCGUCGCAGAGCCGAGGGCCCGCCGCCUUGAAAAACGCGUCUCGGGUUGUGAGUGCGAAUGCGCCGCGGUCAAUGGACACGACGGCUCGCUCCUGCUGCCCCCACCAUGCUCGUCGUCCUCUGAGUGAUGGGAGCUGCCUGGAGGGGGUGAGGGGGAGGGGGAGGGUGACGGCUCGGAUGCCCACGAGGAUGUGGAGAGUGCGAUCAGCGCCAGGGCGGCCUCGCUCUCCGAGUCGUCGGGGGGCUUUGGGGGGGACGGAACGGCACCACACGAAUCUGAUGACGGAGAGGCAGGCACAUCGAACACAGGCAGGGCAGCAGUGUGUGCACGAUUCCUGCAGCGCACCUCUCAGCUCGACUGGCGGGGUGGAUGGCAAAGACGAGUGUGACGAAGCCUCGGGAGGGGUGCAGGGGUCUGCACAGCACACAUGAAGGACACAGACAGACAGACAGACAGGCAGGCACGGGAGUGCUGCAGGAAGCCAGCCAGAAACAACACCCCUCCAUAAAUACCUGUUUUGUCUGUGCCCUUCUUGCUGCUGACGCCAAGGAGCUCAUUCUGCUUGCGCAUCAUGACCGCCAAAGAGCGAAGCCAGUUGAUAGCACGAUUCCGCGCACCCUGACAGAGAGACAAGAGACCAUGUCAGCGCCUUCCUUCCCCGUGUGUGACGCAUCACAUCAACCCACCCACCCCACCCACCUCAAACCCAAGCACAUCGCUUCUGAAGACGGCUCGCCGCUCGACCACAGCAACAUCGCCCUCGGGUGGUCUGGGGCCGGGGCAGGGGGCCGUCCAGCUGGUGCCGUCCCACGUCAGCAGCCGCAUGUACUCCUCCGCACGCCCCGCCGCACCCAUCUCCCACAGCUGCCGCCACACGGGUCCGUUGAAGUCUGGUAGCGGCUCAACCGGGUCUUUCCAGUCCUUGGCGUCGUCCGGUCUGCGGCCCUCCAUCCACUGCAGGAAGCUGACGGCAGAGGAGUGUGUUGGAAAGGACCGCGUGUGCUGGUUGCCGUCGGGGUCCAUCCAGGUGGCCCACCACAUCUUGGCGGUGCUGUCCCACAGGACAGAGGUAGAGGUGGACGGCGCAGAGGAAGAGCGGUUAGCUGCUGGGGCGGGAGUGGGCUGGGGCACGGGGGGAGAGGGUUUGUCUGCCGCCGAUGGCAUGGGGUGGUGAGGCUGCUCUGGUUCCCGUGACGCUUCACUCGUCGGUCCACCACCACCACCACCAGCACCAGCACCAGCACCAGUCCCGCAAGCAGCCCUCUCUCCUCUGUCUGUCAUCUUCGGCGUCGUCAGGUCGAUGGUCGGGCUGGGCUGCUUGGCGGCGGACUUGCCGUGGGUGUCUGAAGCGGACGAGUUGCUCGUCUGGAAGAGCUUGCUGACGUACUGGACAAAGGCGGGUGGUGGGGCGGACGGCAGAGGGGGGAUGGCCGGGAUCGACAGCGAUGGCUGCUGCUGUGGCGAGGGCUGCGGGGAGGGGCUGGCAGAGGAGGGGGAGGAGAGAGAGGGAGGCGGACAUGACGACGGCCUCUCAGGAGCGGCACCUGCACACAAAGACACACACACUCACACAAUCUGAACCCUUUUGUCGUUUCGCCGUUUCGCCUGCCUACCGUUGAUCAUAGUGGCUGCCGGUGCGUCUCGCAUCGUCUGCAGCCCCAUGUGCCUCUCCCUCUCCCUCCUGACGGCCAACACGGCCCCCCGAAUGUGAUCCUGGAAGUGGCGGCACGUCUGCUGCAUAUUAAUUUCGCCCCUGAGCUGCAUGCUCCGCAUCGACGCAAGCACCCCCAGCACGUCCGGCUGCAGCAUCUGCUCCACGAUGAGGUCGGUGUCGGUGGCCGGGCCGCCUGGGAUGUGAGCCUUGAGCUGCGUGAUAGCCCCUCGCAGGUAGGCCAGGAGUUUGGUGUGGUCGUUGGGGAUAAUCCAGACGGCUUCUUCUGCAGCGGGCGGGGCUGCCGGUGUAGGGGAAGGAUGGUGCGCCAUCGAUGGGUCUGCAGGCAGGGUGCCCUUGGUGUCGUGACACUGUCGUUCGCUC